AUGGACACCGAAAAGCGCAGCAGCUGCGAAAAGCAGGCCUCUACGGCCUCCCAUGAGGGUGUCACGGCAGAUCGACCAGACUCGCAGAACGAGAAGACUCUGCCAAACGAAAAGCAGGGCAUGCAGAAGUCAGGCGACCCCACAAAGCAAGGCUUAGUCAAGCACACGACAGAAGAUGAUCUCGAGCUUCCGAGCGAUGAGGAGCUCAAGACACUGCGACGCGUGCCUGAUAGCCUCACGAUGAGCAUCUUCCUCGUCGUCAUCGUCGAAGGUUGCGAGCGAGCGGCAUACUAUGGUCUCACGGGCAUCUUCUUCGACUAUCUCGCCAACCCGCUCGGUCCCUUGCCAUCCGGUACGGGUGGUGUGGGUAGCGAUCCUGAAGGUCUGUCAGGCGCGUUUGGACUCGGCACUGUGCCUGCGAACGGUCUCGUGCAAUGUCAAAACUUUCUGACUUAUCUCUUCCCUAUUCUUGGGGCCUACAUCGCUGAUACCAAAUGGGGACGCUACAAGACGAUCUGCGUCUUCAGUGCGAUCUACUUUGUCGGUCUGGUCAUCAUCACAGCUACCGCUGUGCCGUCUGCGAUCCGUCAUUCGUCUGCACUCGCAGGCUGGAUCGUCGGCAUGGUCCUCAUGAGCUGUGGCAGUGGUGGCAUCAAAUCCAAUGUGGCACCGCUCGUAGCUGAUCAGAUCACUACGCCUCCUAUGCGGAUCAAGACACUCAAGACAGGCGAAAGGGUCAUCGUCGAUAGAGAUGCAACGAUUGCGCGGGUCUAUGCCGUCUUCUACGCCAGCAUCAAUAUCGGCGGCCUCUUGUCACUUGCGACAGCAGAAAUGGAACGAUACGUCGGCUUUGUCUGGGCGUACCUAGUACCCACUUUGGUAUUCUUGGCUGUUCCUGUCGUGCUCUUCCUCGGUCGCAACAAGUAUAGGGUCGUCGCUCCAGAAGGCUCUGUCCUUCUCGAUGCGUUCAAUGUGAUACGCUAUUCGCUGCGCAGCUUCUGGACUGCGCCUCUAUCGUAUUACCGGAGCAUCAGACGAAAGGAAGAUCCCUACGCAGUCUGUCGCCCGAGCUACUACGAAAAGCAAGGUCAAGAGAAGCCGAGCUGGCUCAAGUGGGACGAUGUAUUCGUUUCAGAAGUGCAGAGGACCGUCACCGCAACAAAUGUGCUCUGGUUCUUUCCCAUCUACUGGCUCUGUUACGGCACAUUGCUCGGACCGCUCAUCUCCCAAGGCAACGAAAUGCAAUUGGGCGGAACGCCUGCAACAUUGUUACCCAACAUCGACUCGAUCGCUCUCAUCGUUUUCAUCCCGAUUGUCGAUAUCUUCCUGUAUCCGUUCCUUCGUCGACGUCAGAUGAUGCCAGGACCCAUUGCCCGUAUUACGCUGGGCUUCUUCCUGGGCUCAGCAUCGAUGAUCUGCGCCUCGGUAACCCAAUACUAUAUCUACAAGAGAUCGCCUUGCGGUACAGACAUCAGCGAUACGGCUGGCUGCUAUGCACCCAUCAAUGUUUGGCAACAAUCGCUGACUUAUACACUUAUUGCGCUUUCUGAAAUCUUUGCGAGUAUCACGGGCCUCGAGUUCUGCUAUCAGCGCGCGCCCCUUCGGAUGAAAUCGCUCGUGCAGGCUUUCUUCCUGCUGAUGACGGCGUUUGGCAACGCGCUCGCUGCUGCCUUGUCACCCGUCACAGGUGAUCCCUACUUCACCUGGCUGUACGGAGGAACCGCUAUUGCAGCCUUUAUCACAGGCGUCAUCUUCUAUGUCCUCUUUCGUCAUCUUGACGUCAAUGACGCAGAGACCAAUGCCAUUGGUCUCGAGCAGGAGCGCGUCGACAAGGCGUUCAUUGCUCAUCCUUCGACACAGGAGGAAGAGGUCCGCAUUGAUGCCAGAGAAGGAGAAGCGACCGCGACAACCCUCGCACUUCUCGGCGGCCGAUAG